AGGAAUGCGCUGGGAAGGGGACCAAAGAACUGGCUGUUUGCGGCCGCCAGGAAAUUCCGUAACACGCGGGGCAGGCAGCAAACAACGCCGCAGCCCCUCUGAAGCUGCCCAGCCCAAAAAACGCCGCGACGUACAAGAUGGAGGUCGCAAAAAGCGUUCCAGCCCCAUCACCCAAUUUAUUCGCGCGCGCCCUGGGCCCGACGGCGUUCGAGGGCCUCGCCGUCGACGUGUCCAUGGAGCCGCUGCCGCGCCGCGCGCCGGCCUCGCCCGACCGCGUCGCGCGCGUGUCGCACGACGUGAGCCCGGCGAACAAGCCGAAGAAGGCAAAUGCUGAGCCGUCACCGAAGAGAAGAAGACCCAACCUCGUCGUCGACGUGGAGCUGGCGAACCGCGAAGCUUUGAGGAGGAAGUCCGUGGAGACCGUGGCCCAGGCCUACGCCUGUGAAGCUGGACUCGAGGUCGACGUGGACAGGGCCAACGCGGUGGCCGCCCAGGCGUCGAAGGACGCGUGCAUCGUCGCGGCGUCUCUACUGAAAAGCGCGCGCCAGAUGCGCUCGAAAUCAGAGGCCGAGGCCUGCGCGCGAAGGGCGGCCAAGCUGCUCGAGGAGGUGCCCAGUCCGCCGCGCCUCCAGGCCGACGCCGAGACGGCUCUCGGGGAGUUGUUGGCGACGUCGGGCCGCUUCGCCGAGGCUACCGUUCGCUACACGACAGCAUUGGCGUUGCGGGAGGCUUGUGCUAGAGAUCUGGGUUCCGACGAGGCGCGCCUCGCCGUCGCGACGGCUCUGACGAACCUCGCGACCACAUUGCAUGCGGUCGGCGACGACAAGGCCGUCCAACUUUUGAGAAGAUCGUGCGCCAUCAAGUUCGAGGUCCUCGGUGGAGACGACCCGCGCGUCGCCAAGGCGCUGCUGCGCCUGGCCACGGCCGUGGCGUCGGACGGCCCCGUCGCCGUCUUCAGUAAGAAGCGCAGCCCCAAGUCGAAGCGCCCCGUCGCCGUCGCUGAAGCUAGGAAACUCCGCGAGCGCGCCGUGGCCAUCCUGACGCAGCGCCUCGGCGCCGACCACGCCGACGUCAGAAAGGCCCGCGCCAAGCUCGCGUCCACCUGAAGUUCUCUCCGCCGCGGGACUCUCUUACGUCAGAGAGUUUAACCCCGCGGCGCCAAGACCAAGCCUGUUGAACCCUGCCCCUGUCUACCUACCCCCGGCGCUGCGCCUCUGUGGUCCGUGUAAGAAGGCGCCGCCUACUA